AUGGCGGCGGCGGGGGGCAGCGGCGGCCCGGACGGCCGGUGCGUGCGGCUGGAUGGCGAGCGUGCCCGCGCGCUGCUGGCCGACGUGGACACGCUGCUGUUCGACUGCGACGGCGUGCUGUGGCGCGGCGAGACGGCCGUGCCGGGCGCGCCCGAGGCGCUGCGGGCGCUGCGGGCCCGGGGCAAGCGCCUGGGCUUCAUCACCAACAACAGCAGCAAGACGCGCGAGGCCUACGCCGAGAAGCUGCGGCGCCUGGGCUUCGGGGGCCCGGAGGGGCCCGGCGCCGGCCCCGAGGUCUUCGGCACGGCCUACUGCACGGCGCUCUACCUGCGCCAGCGCCUGGCCGGCGCCCCGGCCCCGAAGGCCUACGUGCUGGGCAGCGCGGCGCUGGCGGCCGAGCUGGAGGCCGUGGGCGUCGCGUGCCUGGGCGUGGGCCCCGAGCCCCUGCGCGGCGAAGGGCCCAGCGACUGGCUGCAGGCCCCGCUCGAGCCGGGCGUGCGCGCCGUCGUGGUGGGCUUCGACCCGCACUUCAGCUACAUGAAGCUCACCAAGGCGCUGCGCUACCUGCAGCAGCCCGGCUGCCUGCUGGUGGGCACCAACCUGGACAACCGGCUCCCCUUGGAGAACGGCGGCUUCACCGCAGGUACCGGCUGCCUGGUCCGAGCCGUGGAGAUGGCGGCGCAGCGCCAGGCCGACAUCAUCGGCAAGCCCAGCCGCUUCAUGUUCGACUGCGUGUCCCGCGAGUACCACGACCUCGACCCCGAGCGCACCGUCAUGGUGGGCGACCGCCUGGACACGGACAUCCUGCUGGGGGUGACGUGCGGCCUCAAGACCAUCCUGACCCUCACGGGCGUCUCCACGCUGGGGGACGGGCCCCUCAACCAAACUUUCCAGGUGGAUCCAGUCCGCAACACAGUGACCAUCAGGGGGACCCCAGCCCAGGGCAACCACAGCUGGGCCGUACUGCUGGAUGGGCCGAGUGACUAUGUCUGCUACCGGCCGGCCAAGCACCAGGCCUGCUUCCUCCGCCGCAUGGAGCCACGGGACCGCGAGACCCUGCAGCUACUGGUGAACACCUCGGGGGCUCCAGGGUGGCACGGCCCUCCGCACCCCCACCGUGCCCAGGAGCUACUGGAAGUGCUCAGGAGUCACCAGGUGGACCCCUCCCAGGCGGGGGCCUCGGUGCACCACUUCUGCACCAACACCCCCAUUUACUGGGCACAGCGAGCAGAGGGGCCCCGGAUGCCGCGGCUGCUCUACCUCUGCAUCGACAUCUGCUUCCCGAGCAGCAUCUGCGUCUCUGUUUGCUUUUAUUACCUCCCGGACUAAGCCAGACAGCUCAAUAAAUCUUCCUUGCAGUUA